AUGAAUCAAGUCAUUAUAUCGGACUUGAAUCGGACGCCCAUCGUUCAGAUCCUCACUUGGUUCACUCUUGUUACCAGUCUGUUGGCAUUCUUCACGCACGCCGGUAUCAAGUUCUAUGUGUUCCGGAGCCUCACGAUCGAGUCAUGGCUCGUUCUUGCAGCCUUGGUAUUCUGCGUCGCACAGUCGAUCGCAGUGUCACUGCAAGCUCACUAUGGCUUUGGCACACCGAUUGCGACCUUGGACGGAUAUCAGAUUGAGUCGAACCUCAAAUGUGAAUACGCUGCGAUGAUCCUCUUCAUCGUCUCCCUUGGCUUCUCGAAGCUUGCUGUCGUAGCAUUCGUCCACCAAUUGACGCCCUCCGAACUUCAUCGUAGAAUCAACUUUGGCGUCUUGGCUGUGAUAACUCUGUGGCUGUUGACCUGGUGGAAUAUCGUUUCCUGUUUCAACAUCGUAACGGAGAUCGCGAUCGUGGCACUCGAACUGGUCAUAACAGCACAACUUCAAAUACGACGACAACGGAAGGCGGCGGUCAUGACCUUAUUCUCAUGCCGACUGCUCGUUCUCGUUGCUGCUGCGAUCCAGCUUGGCUUCUUCAACCGCGAAAGCACCGAUGCUGCUCUGAAGGACGAUCUGACACUCGGUUAUUGGCGAUCAACCAUCUGCAACCAGAUUGUGCAAUGUAUUGCCAUUGUGACAACAUGCCUUCCAUACACCAAAUUGUUUAUGGAGGGUUUCGAAUCGGGGCUGAUGCGUUUGGACGACUUACGUCGUCGAGGGGAGCAUACCUCCAAAGACGACAGCAAAGGGUACCAGCUCAUGGACAUAUCACGAUCAGGGCGCUCAGAGCAUUCUACCCGUUCUCAGGGCGGGCCCGAUAGAAGCAUCAAGGUAUCGAAGAGUUGGGCAGUGCAAGUAGACCCCAUAGCUCACAUGCCGGCUGCAACAAUACCGCAGUGA